AUCAUUAUGACGUUUGGCUUGUGGUUCCUCGUAAGAAGACAGGGGGAUGAGGAUCCUCACUUCACCCAGACUUAUAAUGUAGCUUUUAUUCUCUUCUCUUGUCUCGUGCAGCAAGGUUCCUGGAUCCUGCCCACCACAGGCCGCGCUCAAGCUGUCCUGUGGAUGUUCUGGUUCACGUCUGUGGUUCUCUACGCAUCCUACACCGCCCGUCUGACAUCCUUCCUCACCGUGUCUUCUCUGAGACUUCCUUUCACCACCUUGGAAGAAGCCGUACAUUUGCCUGAGUGGAAAAUAGGACUGCAAAAGGGGACGUCGGUUAUUGAGACUCUGAAGAGAGCCACGCCCAAGAGCAGUUACCACUCCGUCUGGCAAGGCAUCGAACGGAACAAGAACCUCCUGACGACCAACGAAGAAGCGGCCAUCGUUCGCCUGCUGACCGAGGAGAAAUUUGCGUUUCUCGGCGAGCAGCUGACCAUGAGUUACCUCAUUAACGGAAAUUGCUCCAUUACUGAGAUUCCAGGGAGUUACCUUGCUGGCUACGUCUCCUUAGGACUCCGAAAGAAACUGCCGUGGGCGACGGUCCUCAACCAAGAGUAA